AUGGCUGGUGUCCCUUUAAGACAGGAGAGAUCAACCCCUACGGGUAAUUCCUCAGAGAUCCCAUCAACCGCUCCGAUCCCUCAGGCCGAUCCAGCAGCCCUCGCUUCCGAUGCCGUCUGGGGAGGUGUCGGUGCAGAGGCGGGAGUCCUCGCCGCACGAGAAUUGGCAAAGGGCGUCCAGACCCUCGGCAAGGUGGCGGGCAAGCUUUCGAGUGCCUCCAUUGACUCUGUAGAUACGGCACUCGCCCUGCAAGUCUUGGGAGUCAUGAAUGAGGAGACCCCGUUGAUAUAUUUCGAGCGGAUAGAAGGUAACCCUGCCUGGCGGGGAAUCCUUACCCAUGGGGCAGAGGGUAAGCUAAUGGGCCAGAACACUGGGAUUUAUGCCGAAGCUCUAUUCAUGGAGCCUGAUAGAUUUAUUAAGGGCAUGAGAGUAGUGGCUCCGCAUUUAUUGAAUCCGGCGCAGCCGUACGAAAGACUCUUUCUCUUUGCCUGUAACAGCGCAAACGGAAGUCCGGCGAGCACUGCACAGACUCUUGCAAAUAUCCUACAAAAGCAGGUCGUGGGCUAUAGUUGGAUAACUGAAGGCCUCUUAUCUGCCAGGCUUGGGGGGGGGAUACAGUCGUCGAGCGCGUUGGAGAACAAGGGAGGCAUCUCCUCUGUAUUCCCGAAUACAGAGCCAUCAGCACUCCAUAUUUUUUAA